AUGAGACCUUUGUUUGCUUCAGGACCUUUCUUUUCUCACCUCAUUCUCAUUUCUCUUAUUUCCUUUGAAGCUGCUUUUGUUGCUUCUUCUUCAAACAACAGGGAUUCUCAACUACUUCUCGGUUUCAAAGCCAGCUUGCCGGACCAAUCUGUUCUUCAAAACUGGGUUCCUAACCAAGACCCUUGCAGCUUCAGUGGUGUAACGUGCCAAGGCUCCGGAGUUUCCUCUGUUGAACUCGGUUACACCUUGUUAAACACGGAUUUUCACUCAGUUGCUGCCUUUCUUUUAGCUCUGAAAAACUUGGAGUACCUUUCUUUGAUGAAAGCCGGCAUCACCGGCAACAUUUCUUUCCGUUCUGGAUCCAAGUGCAGCUCCCUGUUAACCACUUUAGAUCUGUCUCAAAACACCUUGUCCGGUCCCGUUUCUACCGUUUCCGCCUUGGCUUCUUGCUCGAACUUGAAGUUUCUCAAUCUAUCAACCAACAGCCUCGUGUCUUCCGGUGGUGAAGAAUCCAGGGGUUUGCAGCUGAGUUUGGAAGUUCUCGAUCUUUCUUUCAACAAGCUUUCUGCUGUAAACGUGGUUCCUUGGAUCCUUCAUGGUGGUUGCAAUGAGCUGAAGCACUUGGCUUUGAAAGGAAACGAGAUUGCUGGUGAAAUAGAUGUCUCAAAUUGCAGAAAAUUGAAGAUUUUGGAUGUUUCUUGGAACAAUUUCUCAAUGGGGAAUCCUUCAUUGGAGGCUGCUCAGCUUUGGAACAGCUUGAUAUCUCCGGCAAUAAUACUUUAUUUGGCCGACAAUAAGUUUCAAGGACAGGUUCCUCUGUAUUUAACGGAAGCUUGUUCAACCCUUGUGGAGCUGGUUCUCUCUUCAAACAAUCUCUCUGGUAUGCUUCCUACUGGCUUUGCUUCUUGUUCUUCCUUGAAGUCUUUCGAUGUAUCCACCAAUAAUUUCACCGGUAGACUCCCCAUCGAGAUAUUCCAGAACAUGAAUUCCUUGAAGAAGCUUGGUUUAGCUUUUAAUUACUUCUCUGGUCCUUUGCCUGAGUCUUUGUCCAGUCUUUUCAACCUGGAGGCUUUAGAUCUCAGUUCCAACAGAUUUUCAGGGUCAAUUCCUAUUUCUUUGUGUGAAAAUCCCACAAACAGGUUACAAGUUCUUUAUUUGCAUAACAAUAUCUUAAUUGGCUCGAUUCCUGCUAGUCUCAGUAAUUGUUCACAGCUUGUUUCACUCCAUUUGAGUUUCAAUUACCUCACGGGUACCAUUCCCACCAGCUUGGGUGCUCUCUCUAAGCUUAAGGAUUUGAGGCUUUGGUUGAAUCAGCUCCAUGGAGAAAUCCCUCGGGAGCUCAGUUACAUUCAGACACUCGAGACCUUGAUUCUCGACUUCAAUGAGUUGAGUGGAGCAAUACCUUCUGGUCUAAGCAACUGUACCAAGUUGAACUGGAUUUCGUUAUCCAACAAUAGGUUCACCGGUGAGAUUCCCGCUUCGCUUGGCAAACUUUCGAGUCAUGCGAUUCUCAAGCUCAGCAAUAACUCCUUCUAUGGAAGAAUCCCACCUGAGCUCGGAGAUUGUCAAAGCUUGAUAUGGUUGGAUCUUAAUACAAAUUACUUGAAUGGGACUAUCCCUCCGGUGCUGUUCAAACACUCUGGUAAAAUAGCUGUCAAUUUCAUUGCCGGGAAGAGGUAUAUGUAUGCCAAGAAUGAUGGGAGCAAAGAGUGCCAUGGGUCGGGGAAUCUACUCGAAUUUUCCGGAAUUCGUCAGGAACAGUUGGGUAGAAUUUCCAGCCAGAACCCUUGCAACUUUACCAGAGUGUACGGAGGUCACACGCAGCCUACGUUCAACGAUAAUGGUUCCAUGAUUUUUCUUGAUCUUUCGUACAAUUUGCUGUUGGGGGCUAUUCCGAAGGAGAUUGGCACAAUGCCAUAUCUGUUUAUCUUGAAUCUGGGUCACAACAAUAUCUCUGGAACCAUCCCACAAGAGAUUGGGAACUUAAAGGGCCUUGGCAUUCUUGACCUUUCCUACAACAGGUCUCUGUGGUUUCCCUCUCCCCCUUGUGAGAAUUCAGCUGCUGCUUCGGGUUCUGAGCAUCGAAAGUCUCAUUGCAGACAAGCCUCUCUUGCUGGGAGUGUGGCAAUGGGAUUGUUGUUCUCUCUUUUCUGCAUCUUUGGUGUGAUCAUAGUUAUUGUAGAGACUAAGAAAAGAAGGAAGAAACAAGAAUCUUCUCUUGACGUUUAUAUGGACAGUUGUUCCCACUCUGGCGCAACGAAUACCAGCUGGAAGUUAACAGGUGCUAGAGAAGCAUUGAGCAUCAACCUUGCUACGUUUGAAAAGCCCCUUCGGAAGUUUACCUUUGCUGAUCUUCUAGAAGCCACUAAUGGCUUCCAUGACGACAGCCUUAUUGGCUCUGGUGGUUUCGGUGAUGUUUACAAGGCCCAGCUGAAAGACGGGAGUGUUGUUGCUAUCAAGAAAUUGAUACAUAUAGUGGACAAGGUGACCGAGAAACGACGAAGAUGGAAACCAUUGGGAAGAUCAAGCACAAGAACCUCGUUCCACUCUUGGGUUACUGUAAGGUGGGUGAGGAACGGCUUCUAG